UUUUACUAGAAGAGUCAACAAUGGUAGUGACAACAGACAUAUUUCUGAAGGAGGACCUUCAUAAACUCCUGAAGAAUAGGUUUAUAGUCGUCAUAGGAGACUCAAAUCAGAGAGCUAUAUACAAAGACUUGGUACUUCUGUUACAGAAGAAUGACUAUAUUACAUCCAGACAGCUAAGAACCAAGGGAGAAUUUUGCUUUGAGAAUGACACCUUGAUUGAAGGCGGGAAGAAAUCGAACAUGAACAAUGGCGUAGGUUAUCGGGAGGUUCGGCAAUACCAGACUGACUGUCACCUACUGCGGUUCUACUUUGUCACUCGCUGCUACAGCACAUACAUGGAAUCCAUAUUGACAGAUCUGUCCGGUGAACUGUCCCCCGAUGUUGUCAUCAUGAAUUCUUGUCUCUGGGACAUUAGCAGAUAUGGCUCAAAUGGAGUGGAUGAAUACAAGGAAAACUUGAACAAAUUGUUUGACAGGUUUAAGCAGUGUCUUCCUGAGGACUCUCUGGUCAUCUGGAACACUACCUUACCUAUAGCUAAAGACGUCAGAGGAGGCUUUCUUGUCCCUGAGGUGGAAUUCAUGAAAAGCACUCUUAGACUGGAUAUCCUGGAAGCUAACUUCUUUGCAAAGCAGGUUGUUGCCUCACAUGGAUUUGACAUUCUUGACCUACAUUACCACUUGAGAAAUCGCUUAGACUUGAGAGCUAAGGACGGUGUACACUGGGACCAGAAAGCUCAUCGCCACAUCACUAACCUGUUACUCACCCACAUUGCUGAUGCAUGGAGUGAGAAAAUGCCAGGCAGAAACAAACCAAAGACUGAUGUCAAUGGAAACUGCCAGGCUACACCUGUCGUGUCAAGUACAUCUUCAGACCUUUCUAUAAAGGAGAUCCAAAGAACUGUGAGUUUGAAGUCUUCUGUAAAUAAUAACAAAGAAAAUGUAACAGAGAAUGCUGAGAAUGCCAGGACGAUUGUCAACACUCGCAGACUGUCAAAUGGCAGCAUCAAUCUGAACAGACAGAGGAAGUCUGUAGACCCCACUAAGCCUGUGACAAUGGGGGAGAAGGAGCAACUUGAAAUAUUCAGUGUAUCGAAUGCCUCAACUCCAAACUCCAGGCGGCGAUCUUUUGACAAACUCCAGGCUGAUUUGAACAAGGUACAGAGAGAGAUACUGGGGAUGGUCAGUACUCCACCUUCUUCUAGGGGACAUUACUCAAACCCCCCUCUUCGGGAGAGGGCACCUUACACGAAUUCCUACCAGCCUUCUCAGUGCUAUAUUGACAACUACCAAGGCUCGUCAGUUAGCUAUACAAACAACCUUUCCUAUGACCUGUAUCAAACCCAGUAUCAGCCUGCUUCUUACAGUCAGUCUUAUAACCAGAACAUGAACAACUUUCAGAAUAAUUACAUGAGCAACUUUCAGAAUAAUUUCAUGAACAACUUUCAGAAUAAUUUCAUGAACAACCUUGUGAACAACUACAGCACUGGUAAUUUCCAGUGGCAGCCUUAUGCUCAAGACAAUUAUCAAGGAGCCAAUAAAGUUUGGAGCUCGAGGACCCACUACAGACACAACCAGCAAAACCCAAGCUACUACAGAAUGUCUCACAAUUACUGAACCCAGACACAACCCACAGAUCCAAGCCUACUACAGAAUGUCUCACAAUUACUGAACCAAGACACAACCCAUAGAACUACUACAUGAUGUCUCACGCUUACUGAACCCAGACACAACCCACAGAACCAGAACUACUACAGAAUGUCUCACAAUUACUGAACCCAGACACAACCCACAGACCCAGAACUACAACAGAAUGUCUCACAAUUACUUAACCCAGACACAACCCACAGAACCAGAACUUCUACAGAAUGUCUCACAAUUACUGAACCCAGACACAACCCACAGACCCAGAACUACUACAGAAUAUCUCCAAAUUAGUCCACAUUUACAUGUUCCUAGCUAACUAAAGAUUUUUCAGAAGUAACGUAACUCUCAGGGAGUCUCACAAUCAAUUUACCCAGUGCUGUCUUUCAUUAUGUUGUUAUUGUGUAAAGAAAACUCAAAAAAAACUUUGAGGAGACAAACUGGUCAUGGUGUGUAAUAGAUUAAGUUAGUACUAGAAAUUUACUUUUUAUGCCUCCCAGGAUGAUAUGGAAAUAUACGUAAGUUUUUUUUCCAUGUUUACAUCUAGUUAUGAGUUGGCAUAGCCUUCCUUGGGUCUUAUGUUGAUAACGAUUUAGUGACAUUUUGUAUUGAGAUGGUGAAAAAUUUCCAUCAAGAUAUGUUUCUCAACAAAAAAAAAUGUUUUGCUUGUGUAAAAUAUUUAUAAUUGUAAUGCCACAAUUUCACAUACCGGUAUAGCCUUUUGUGUGAGUGUGUGUGUAUCUGUCUGUCUGUAUGUGUGUCUGUAUGUAAAUAUAUACAAUCAUGUAUUUAAGUAAUGAAAUAAGUUGAUUAAACAUUGAAGCAUAUAAAUGUUGACACUGAAUCAUGCAGAGUUGAUAGAGAUCUGUCUUGAAAAAGGUAUUAGUCUUUGAUGAAUGCCAGGAGGAAAAAACCUAAUUGGCAUUGAAAUUGGUUGUAUUGAUGCAUGACCUUAAUUAAAGACAAAGUCCAUUUGUAGCUGCUAUUGUCUACAAGACUGACUUUCUGAUGACUCUUAGAUGGGACUUGUCAACAUCUUGCUACAUUUGAUUAUGGAUUUCUAGUGCUGAGAACUGCUUUUAGCCUGAUUUUAAACAAGAUAUGAUUAUUUAUUUUCGUUAUUAGACUAGUGCUUGAUACCUUUAUGUUUUUAUGUUCCUUGACCUGGAUAUUUUAUGUAUUACAUGUA